AUGUCACUCACUGACCUCAAAGAACUCUACAGCAGUGAACUCUCUUCCAUUAUGGACUGGCUCGCACCACUCAGAACUCGCACGAUCACCAUCAGACCAGAGUAUGAGUGGUACAACAGCUCUAUCAGAGAGGCGAAACAGAGACGAAGACAAGCUGAGAGACUGUGGCGCAAAUCAGGACUCGUGGUACACAGAGAGAUUUACAUUCAGUGCAGGGAAGAGGUGAACACACUCAUUGAUGCGGCUAAGCUCCAGCAUUACAGGACUUUGGUGCUUGAUAACAUAGGUGACAGUAAGCAGCUUUUCAGAGUGGUCAACAAGCUGCUUGGUUGGAACUCCACCACUCCACUGCCUGCCGACAAAUUACCAUCAGAUCUGGCUGACAUAUUCAGUGACUUUUUUGUGCAGAAAAUUACACGAAUUCGCAGCUCCAUUGCAUGUGACAAUCACAAUCCACUUGUUGACCCACCAGCAAUCGGCGAUGAAACUAAACUUAGCCUUUUCCAACAUGUUACUGUGGAUGAGGUCACAAAGUUGAUUAGGUCAUCUGUCGACAAGAGCUGUGAGCUGGACCCUAUUCCUACAUCCCUUGUGAAGCAAGAAGUCACAGCUCUUGCUCCCGUCAUCACUUCUAUCAUAAAUAAGUCACUUGAGAGUGGUUCCUUCCCAACAUCUUUCAAAGAAGCUAUUGCGAAACCACUUCUGAAAAAGGCUUCACUGGACCCUGACAUACCAAAGAUCUACCGGCCAGUGUCUAACCUUGCAUAUCUAUCCAAGUUGAUUGAGAAGGUUGUAGCAGCACAUAUACAAACCUUCCUUAGUGAGAACAAUCUAUUGGAGCCAUUCCAAAGUGCUUACCGUCAGGGGCAUUGUACUGAGACGGCACUUCUGCGAGUUCACAACGAUGUGGUUUAUGCCAUUGGAGAGCAGAAGGCUGUCUCGCUAGUGCAAUUGGACCUAUCGGCUGCCUUUGACACUGUAGAUCAUUUACGCUUGCUGCAAAUACUCAAGGACCUUGGAAUUAAGGACACUGUGCUCACGUGGUUCGCGUCCUAUCUUACCAAUCGGACCCAGAUUGUUAAAGUGAAGGGAGCGAAGUCUGAUGCCACUGAGUUGGGCUGCGGUGUCCACCAGGGAUCAGUCCUCGGGUCCGUUCUGUUCAACAUCUACACAGCAUCCCUGGGGGCCCUUCUAAGAAAGAACAAUGUCUUGUACCACAUGUAUGCUGACGAUAAUGAACUGUAUAUCAGCUUUAAAGUCCAACAGGCCGCUCUUGUAGUCAGUCAGAUGGAAUCUUGCUUGGGGUCAGUUCAAACCUGGAUGGCUCAGCAUCACCUCAAGAUCAACACAGACAAGACUGAGGUGUUAGAGAUAUCCUCCAAACAAAUGACCUCUAAGCUGCAUACAUGUAUACCCUCACUGCAAGUAGGAGACGAAUCUAUCACUCCUGUUACUAAGGCCAAGGGCGUUGGUGUAACCAUUGACUCUCACAUGACCAUGAAGGCACAUAUAUCAUCAAUGUGCAGAGGUGCCUUCAUCCACCUUAAGAACCUGAGCCAGCUGAGGAAAUAUCUGGACAGGAAAUCGCUGGAAUGUGUUGUACAUGCCUUCAUAACAACAAAGCUGGACUACUGCAACUCUCUUUUAUACGGCUUACCAUCAAAGCAGAUCCAGCGGCUCCAAUCCAUUCAAAACGCUGCAACCAGAAUCAUCUCAGGCACCCGCAAAUAUGACAGCAUUACACCAGUACUACGCUCCCUCCAUUGGCUUCCAGUUCAGGAGAGAGUCAUCUUCAAGACAUUGGUGUUAGUGUACAAAACAGUCAACAUCAUGGCUCCAUAUAAUUGA